GUGGAACUUGAUGCAAAAUUUCAAAAUAGGACUUGUGGGCUCUGUGGAGAUUAUAAUGGCCUUCCUUUACACAAUGAAUUCAUUGCAAAUGGCCAACAAUUUUCACCGAUUCAUUUUGGAAAUCUGCAAAAAGUCCAUCAGCCAAAUGAGCAAUGUGAAGAUGUAGAUGAACAUGAGAUAGAAACCAGUGCUUUGUGUGAGCAAUAUAGAGAAGCUUGUGAAAAUCUCCUUUCAAAAAACACAUUUGCAGAUUGCAAAUCCCGCUUAAAUACUGAACAUUAUAUUCAGGCCUGCAUGCAAGACAUGUGCACCUGCAGUAAAGUCUUAGAUUCAUUCUGCUUGUGCAGCACAGUCUCUGAAUAUUCCAGGCAAUGCUCCCAUGCUGGAGGGAAACCAGAAAACUGGAGGACAGAGACAUUUUGCCCAAAGAAAUGUCCUUUAAACAUGAUCUACAAGGAAAGUGGCUCUCCCUGUAUGAACAGUUGUUCUCACCUUGACACAAGCAGCUUGUGUGAAGAGCACUACAUGGAUGGCUGCUUCUGUCCACCAGGCAUGGUGCUCGAUGAUUAUUCUGGCACUGGGUGCAUUAGUGUGAAGGAGU